UGUAGCUCAGUUACUCUUGGACCAGCAGACGUUAGGCAGACGUCAAAUUGUAUAGUUAGUUCACUGGACUUUUAUAUUGUAACAUAUUCAUUUUACUGCCACUGUUUCACAAACCAAUUGUAACAUAAAGUAUGCUGUAACUGUUGCUGUAACUUGGCACAAGAUUUGAAGACCCGACACAUCUAGAGAAGAUGGUGAACAUGGAGAAGCUGGAGAACUUUCUCUCUGUAACUGGACAGUACUCGUCACCUCAGGUCAAAGGUCAACACCCGUCAUGCAUGAUGACCAGCACGCCCAUCACGUCAUCCAACACGUACCACACGUCACCCGCUCUACAAGACACGUCAUCACAGUCAGGUUUGAGCAGAAAUUUGUUCAGCCACCUCUACAACUUUCCCAGCUCGGCGCUACAAGGAUUUGAGCUGCCAACCUUGACCUUUCCCAGCACACCAAAGAAGGUCAACGACUCCGCCGGAACUCUGGGCAGCGUCUCUCCACGCUCCGAUGAUUCGAACCCGAGUCACGAGCUGGCUGACGUCAAGCAGCCGGUCGGGCAGUCGAGUCACGAGGACGACACAUCAGCAGACGAGACGGGCGACGAGUGCAAGCUGGCGAGCGAGGGCCGAACGUUCGGUGACGUCAAGCCGCCCUACUCGUACAUCGCCCUCAUCACCAUGGCCAUCGAGAGCUCGCCCUCCGGUAUGAUGACCUUGAACCAGAUCUACAACUACAUCAUGGAGAAGUUCCCGUACUUCAAGGAGAACCAGCAGCGUUGGCAGAACUCUAUCCGACACAACCUCUCGCUCAACGACUGCUUCAUCAAGAUCUCCCGCGCCCCGGGGCGCCCAGGCAAGGGCAACUACUGGGCCUUGCACCCCAGCUGUGGCGACAUGUUUGGCAACGGCAGCUUUCUGAGAAGGGCGAAAAGAUUUAAACUUUCCAAAGCCAAGGGAAGUAGCCUCGAUAAUUAUUCGGCGCUACACAGUUACGCCCCUUACAACUUGUAUGGACACCACAGUGCCGGCUACAAAUCUUACCCCGCCAUCAACUCAAUGGCAUACGGGGCGUGGCCGCUGGCACCUGGCCAGUCCUACACGUACUCACCCAAAGACACGGACUGGGCUUCGGUCUACGGCGCCUACUACAACAGCUGCAUGGGCAACUCACAAGGGUUCGCCUCCCCCGCCCCCAGCCCUGUAGGCAGCAGCUCAUCUGGUACUAGUGCAGGCAGUGCCUCUUUAGGGCAUUCGCAGUUGAGUGGAGGCUCUUUAGGACAUUCGCAGUUGAGUGGAGGCUCUUUAGGACAUUCGCAGUUGAGUGGAGGCUCUUUAGGACAUUCGCAGUUGAGUGGAGGCUCUUUAGGACAUUCGCAGUUGAGUGGAGCUUCUUUAGGACAUUCUCAUGUGAGUGGCGCUACAUUGGGCUAUUCUUAUUUAAAUAGCUCUUCGUUCGGUGAAUCUCAAAUGAGUGGCUCAUCAUUAGCUAAUUCACACAUCAGUGGAUCAUUGCUUGGACAAUCACAUACAAGUGGCUCAUCAUUAGGACAAUCACAUACGAGUGGCUCAUUAGGGCUUUCACAUACCAGUGGCUCAUCGUUAGGGCUUUCACAUUUAAGUAGUCCACUAGGCCUGUCCCACUUAAGCGGUUCCACGUCACCAUCCAGCCUGACGUCAUCAAGCCUGACGUCACCCUCGAGUUUGACGUCAUCACACCACGAAGCUUACAGCAUGGCAAGCUUCCACCCCUCCUAUGUUGGAGGCGGCCAUUACUCAGGUUCGCAGAUUACCAACGCAUACAAUUUGUCCUCCACUACCGGAAGUGGAGCUUCCAAUAUGUACAUGCCACUCCAGCAGUCCUACUCCUGUGCCCAGUACCCCACACACGUUAGGACAUAAGGGGAGGAGUCUGGACUUAAAUGACAUGACAGAUCGAUCACCACGACAUCGAUGACAGCAUCUUACCUGGAGGUAUUUUGCUACUUUGUUACUUCAUGUGGUACUCGCCACGUUUGAUUGGAUUCACUGGUUACUUGCUCUUCUCGUGUUUAAACUUUCUAGUGCUUAAAGCAAGGGCAGGUAACCGUGAAAUUAAUUUAAUUCCCCAAUCUUGCACGAGUUACCCAUCCUAGACAAUUCAGGCUUUGUAAGCCGCAGAUGUUAGUCAGGGAGAUCCUAUUGUCUACCCUGAUUUUUAACUAAACUCAGAUUUUAGCCUUGUGUUCUGGCUUUUAAGACAAACUGUUAGAGUGAUAUUCAGGUCAGCUGGGCUUUCCGAUUUAUUUAACUGCAAUUUUUUUUCUACUCCAAGAACUUCCAAAGUAAUGUGCUACUUGUAGUUUUGUUUUAGUUUUCUUUAUUUUGCUUAACUUAGUCACAUUUGAAUUAUUUUUUUUUUUACAAAUUGCAUCACUCUAGUUAAAAGCUGUUUAUACACUGCUCCAAAUAUGACAGUCACCGUAGAAAACUAUGUAGGUUAGCAAGUAAAUCAAAUACGAGUCUACAAUAAACCAUAAAUAUAGAUAAGAAAUUGUAAACGUUUGAACUAUACCUACCCCAUCAAAAUACCCAUUCUCUCAACUUAACGCAACACCCACAAACGCUUUUUCCCAUCCAUCCCAUUUUAUUGUAAUCAGUUGUUUGCUAGUUUUAGAAAAGUGUCACGUGGUCUCUCUCUAGCGCUCCUUGCUGUGUCUACAUAUUGCACGUGUUUGCAUCCCUGUCACAUUAGAGCCUGAACACGUGGCCAUCUUCACUAGUACAUCGUGGCCACAAUUCCAGCAUACCAUGGCCACAGUUCAGACACAUGGCCACAUUUCAGUCACAUGGCCACAGUUCAGUCACGUCAAUGUCACAUCUCAGACACAUUAGCGCCACUACUAAAUACAUAGCAAUAUCAGGUACAUUUCAGUAAUUAUGGCCACACCUUUAGCACAUUAUGGCCACACUUUUGGCACAUUAUGGCCACACCUUUAGCACAUUAUGGCCACAUCUUUAACACAUUAUGGCCACAUUAUAGAACAUGGCUACAAUUUUUAGCCAAUCAUGACCACAUUUCUAGAGUAUCAUGGUCACAUCUUCACAUCAUGCCCAGUUUUCUAGCACAUCAUGACAACAUAUAGUAGAUGGCCACAUCAAUAGCACAUCAUGGCCACAUCAAUAGCACAUCAUGGCCACAUCAAUAGCACAUCAUGGCCACAUCAAUAGCACAUCAUGGCCACAUCAAUAGCACAUCAUGGCCACAUCAAUAGCACAUCAUGGCCACAUCAAUAGCACAUCAUGGCCACAUUUCAGUCACAUCAAGACCACAUUUCAGUUACAUCAUGACCACAUCUAAAUGACACAAACACGCACCACAAUCCACCUUUACAGAUUGACGUAGUCAGCCACUAGCUAGCCAACACCUGGUCUACCUUGAUGCAGUUGGUCGUUCGCAUCAAAAGUACAAGCCUCAGGUCAUUCAUUGUAGCAUUAGCUAACUAUUGUAGCAUUCGCUAACUAUUGUAGCAUUCACAAACUAUUGUAGCAUUAGCGAACUAUUGUAGCAUACCCAAAAUAUUGUACCAUACCCUACAAAAUUGUAGCAUAUAAAAGCCCGACAUGAAAUAGGUCCAGUGAAAAUUGUAUUAUGUUUAUUGUACAAUGUUGCAUGCUCAUUAUUUUACCUAUUGUACAAUGUUAAUUAACAUGAACGCAAAUAUUUCCCAUAUUGUAAAAUGUUACUGUUUGAAUAAAGAUUUUUAAAUUG